CACAUCCCAGCACACUGAAAGGUCUGUGUGUGUGACCGUGAUUCCCUAUCCGGUAGCUUAUUGAAAACUUGUUAGAGCUUCGCCCAAACCUGUAGUUGCUGCGUGGCCUACCUUCACUUCUCUCAUUGAGGAUGGCGCUUGCUAAAUAGGCCAGGCAACCAUCACCUACCUCCUCCUUGAUUUCUUUUUGAAUCGGAGCUGCCUCUGCCUCUGAAGUCUCUUCGACACACACAGGACCAUGCAGAGGCUGCCCUUGUGCAGCGGCAUCGUCAUCCUGUGGUGCCUCUUUGAGCAGAGCAUUGGCAUCACCAGAAGAUAUUACAUCGGAGCAGUGGAGACAGACUGGGACUAUGUGCCUGGCAGCCGGAAGGGGGUAUUCUCCCCCACGCCAACCACUCGGUACAAGAAAGCCAUAUAUCUGGAAUACACAGAUUCUACCUUCACACAAACAAAACCCAAGCCUGCUUGGAUGGGUCUUCUGGGCCCUACCAUCCGAGCAGAAGUUCAUGACAAGGUGGUCGUAACCUUUAAGAAUCUGGCUUCCCAUCCUUUCAGCAUCCACGCCAUAGGGGUGUCCUACUGGAAAGCUUCAGAAGGGGCAGGUUAUGAUGAUGCAAGCAGCAGACCAGAGAAAGAAGAUGAUGCUGUGGAGCCUGGCCAGACUCAGACUUACGUGUGGGACAUCUUAAAAGAGCAAGGUCCAACCGGGUCUGACCCACAGUGUUUGACUUAUGCCUACUCCUCUCAUGUGGACAGUGUCAAGGACAUCAACUCUGGCUUGAUUGGGGCCCUGCUGGUUUGUCAGCCAGGGACCCUGAUGAGUGAAGGAAUUCGAAGCAUAGUGCAAGAAUUUGUGCUACUCUUUGCAGUGUUUGAUGAAGGCAAAAGCUGGUACUCUGAAUCCAACACCUUAGGAAAUGCUUUGUCCCCUGACAAGACGGCUGAGCUUCACACUAUCAAUGGAUUCAUGAAUCUCUCCCAGCCUGAUCUCAAAGUGUGCCAGAACAGACUGGUCUACUGGUAUGUCAUUAGUUUGGGCACCAAACCUGAAGUCCACUCCAUUUUCUUUGAGGGCCACACUUUCCUUGUGAGACACCAUCGGCAUACUACUCUGGACCUCUCCCCAGCCACUUUCCUCACUGCCGAGACAAUGCCCACAACCAACGGCAUAUUUCAGAUGUUCUGCCAGAUCCCAUCACACCAGCAAGCUGGCAUGGAAAUCUUAGUUACGGUAGAAGUCUGUCCAAACCUACCCAUGAAGAAGAUGAGGGUGGCAGAAGGGGACUACGUGGAUGAAGAGGACUACUAUGAAUACAGUGAGGUCGAUAUGGAAAGCACAGUGAUCCAAAUGGGUGAUUUUCCACCCAGGAUUACAGGCCGUUCCCGUGCCAAGAGGCUGCCUAUGACCUGGAAACAUUAUAUAGCAGCAGAAGAGGUUGUUUGGGACUAUGCUUCAGAUAACUCCACUUAUUUGUCCAGUGCUUACGCCAAGCAGUUUCUGGAACAUGGUCCCCAGAGGAUUGGCUCCAAGUAUAAGAAAGUCGUGUUUGUGGAGUAUGAGGAUGCGAAUUUCAAGAGGCGGAAGGCAUCGAAACCAGACCACAUGGGGAUUCUAGGGCCAAUUCUUAAAGGAGAAACCGGUGAUGAGUUUAUGAUUAUGUUCAAGAAUCUAGCCAGCCGGCCGUACAACAUUUACCCCCAUGGCAUCACCAGUGUCACUUCCUUUUACCCCAUGAGAAGCAGCAAAAAUCACAUUAUGAAGCUCUUGCCCAUUCGACCUAACCAGGUGUUCACCUACAGGUGGAAGAUAAUGCCUGAGGAUGGCCCAACCAACUCAGAUCCCCGCUGCCUGACUCGCUACUAUUACAGCUCUAUCAAGCCUGCUCGGGAUUUAGCCUCUGGGCUAAUUGGACCACUGCUGAUCUGCUUCAAAGAGACCAUGGAUCGGAGAGGGAAUCAGAUGAUGUCGGAUGAAGCAAGAUUUGUGCUGUUUUCUGUCUUCGAUGAAAACCUCAGCUGGUACUUGGAGGAGAAUAUCAACCAAUCCUGUGCUGAUGCAGCCAAUGUCAACCCCCAGGAUCCUGAGUUCUAUGCUUCCAAUGUUAUGCACAGUAUAAAUGGCUAUGUUUUUGAUAAUCUGCACCUCAAGAUUUGCCAAAACGAAGUUGUGUAUUGGUACAUCCUGAGUGUAGGUUCCCAGACUGAGUUUCUGUCCGUCUUCUUCUCCGGGAAUACUUUUCAGCACAACACAGUCUUUGAAGAGACCCUCACGCUCUUUCCCCUAUCUGGAGAGACUGUCUUCAUGUCCAUGGAGAAACCAGGCACAUGGAUAUUGGGAUGCUUGAACCCAGACUUCAGGAGGCAAGGAAUGAGAGCCACGUUCACUGUUUCCAAGUGCUCCAAUGAAAUGGAGUAUGAUUACUCUUAUGAAUUAAUACCAGAAGGUGAACUAAAUGAAGCCAAUGUCUUGCAACCAAGAGGCUUCCACAGGAAAAACAGACCUGUCCAGCCUUGCCUAAAGAAGCAUGGAGAUGCAGAUAAUGAAAUGCAGAAGACCAACCACCAUUUGCCUCCUUGCCGUGAAGCCAAUGAGCUUCUUAAAUUAAACAAGAAAAAUAAUCCUACUGACUUGCCGUUGCCUCCUGGGGAGUCCUUAUAUCAAGAUAACAUUUCUUUACCUUCUUCCCAAGACAACCUCGUUAAGCCCACUGAUGCCUUUCCAGCAGAAGAAGAACCAUCAGCUAUAGUCAAGCAAAGUUUCCAACAACAUUCUUUCACAGGAAACGCUUCUCUCUCGUGGGAAGAGUCUCAUCUUAAUGAGAGUGCAUUAGAAACUGCAACCAGUCUGGGUAACGAGACUCUUCCCUUUGGGACAUUCAGCCCACUUGAAGGAGCUGGGAUGGUCCGAGAGAAAUCAGAUAAACAGGAGGCAGUGGAGAUCAUGAAACCUCAUUCAGCCCCUCCAUUGGAAAAGGUGGAGGCAAUUCCUGAAGACCAUGUUACCAGCAUUCAGUCAAAGGGGUUGCAGGAUGCGAUGGGCCUUGCAGAAAGACUGCAAAAUGAAGUAUAUCCAGAUUCCAGAUUUUCUGAAAGAGCUUCGCUUGAAGAUGUAAACACAGUUGAAGGACAGAACACUGUAUCAUUGAUGCCAGAUACAACGUUGAAUGAGAAAGUAGGACUGCAAAUAUCCUAUAUGGAUAAGGGCACUUUAUUUAACAUUAGUACCUCUGCAUCAUUAGAUGACUUGAAAAAUAAGCCACUUAUUCAGCACAUGUCACUGGACAGUCAAAACACUAGUCCACCAAGAUUAGAAAGUAACCCUGGAGCUGAAAACAUGGUGUCACAGAGCUAUGGCACAACCUUUCAAGCUUCUACAAGCUACUCACCUCAUAAGGCAACCAUCCAAGGGAAUGAAUCAUUUACAUCAAGAGAAUCAUUGCAUACUAGAAAAAAAGGAGUUGAGCAAUCCACUGCAACUAUAGGAAGUCAAGGCCCUUUUACAUCUGUAAGUGAAGACUUCCUUCAUGACAAAAUUAGUGCACGUAUAGCCUCUCAUGACAAAGCGCAUGAGCCAACGCCUCCAGCAAAGCGUUUUCAGGGUCAUGAGGCAGAGAUGGUUGACACAGCUACUAGAGGCCCAGAUAAUUUGAAUGAACAUGCUUCUUUAUUUGCACAGAAUGGUGAGCAAGUGGCUCCAAACAGAUUGACUAGCAACCCAAGUAUUCUAGAGAAGUUUGACUAUACUAAUGACAUUCUGGAGAGUAAUGAUAGACUCUCUACACAUCCAUUUCACACUAGUCAAAGACCAGGUGGCUCAGCACUCCAAGAAAGUUUCCAAGAAACCAGCCAAAAUAAAGAUUUUGGGGGGGAAGAGAAUAAAGCUUUGCUCAUUGUUGAUGCCACCACCAACAGAAUCUGGAACCCAAAUUCCCAUGGAUUGCUGGGUAGUUUGUUGCUUCCUCAAACAGGUUUAUCAGAAAAAGAGGGUGCUUUUCAUCAAGGGGAGUCACCUCCAUCACAGAUAGUUGACCUGGAAAAUGACACAAAUUCUAAAGAGUUUGUAAGAAAGGGGGAGAGAAUGCUACAACCAGAACCAGACAUUCAGAGCCAUGAAAAGUCAUCAGAUGGGAUGAGGUUGCAGCCCUGCCAUCUGGGUCCUCAUGGAUGUGGUGGUCACUUGGAGAAGAGGUCUCUGAAAUCAUAUCGGGCCACGUUGGAAGAAAGACAUGCUGUAGCAGCAAGGGAAAUGAAGAGUUCUGGAAAACCUAAAGAAAGAGCUCAGGCUUUGCUCAAUGGUAACUUCUUCAAGUUAAACAAUAAGGCCAAGGCUUCUAUAAUAAAGGCACCUUUGACAGAUGGCGCUACAAGAAACCAACAAGCAACCACACUUGGCAAGACAACUGCUUCAUCUUCUCUGUUCACCUCAGUCCAGUCCAGUCCAGCCCCGCACUCCCUGAACUUUCUGGAUUCCCAACAGACUUGGAGAGGAGCCAGUUUGUCUCACGAAGUGGAGGGUGCAGGGGAUGCAGCUGACACCAUUUCUGGUUAUCCCAGAACUCUUGGGCACAGUAGUAUGAAAGCCAAAUCUGGACUGGCCCCCACCGUCUUUGCAGGAGGACAAAUCAAAGGUGCCGGCUCUGUUCUCCAUAAGACCACCAGGCAGACAAAUGAGGCUGGACUCCCUACAACACCAGAGGUUCCUGUUAUGACUCACAGUGAUCCAGAAACUUUUUUGCACUUACAGCUAGGGGAGUCUAGCAUAGAUCAAGGGCAAAUGUUAAGGAAUGAAUUCCUGAAGGCUGCCAUAAAAAGGGAGAAGACUGAAAAUUCUGAAAGAUGGGCCUCAGCAGAAAACGACCUGGACUCUCAAGGUCACCUAACUGUCAAUCUUCCCAUUCAAGAGGAGCUGUGGGAGGAAGGAAAGGAAAUCCAUAGCGAAGGAAGGGACAUUCAUUCCACAAGUGGCAAUAUUCAAAAAUUUGAAAGGAGGAAAAGAGUAGAAGAAAUUGGAGCCCCAGUGCAUGGAUUCAGCAAAGGUGAGAGUCGGACCUCAGGAGCCAACGUCCAUAUGGAGGUCUCCAUGGCACCGACUGGCCUCAAAGGAUCUAUGGUGACAAACUCCUCAAAGACUCUGAAUCGAGCAUCUGACUAUGAUGAUUACACCAAUUCUGAGGACAAGCAAGAAUUUGAUAUAUAUGGGGAAGAUGACCAGGAUCCACGUACUUUCACUGGCAAAGUCCGACAGUAUUUCAUUGCUGCAGUGGAGGUGAUGUGGGAUUAUGGGAACCAUACAUCUUCACCAUAUCUAAGAGACAAGAAUCUGAAUAACAGCUGGAAGAAGACAUCCAGGCAGUACAAGAAAGUAGUUUACCGAGAGUACCUGGACAGCUCUUUCACGCAGCCACAGGUCCGUGGAGAAUUGGAAGAACACUUGGGCAUCUUGGGACCAUACAUCCGAGCACAGGUUGAUGAUGUCAUCAUGGUGACGUUCAAGAAUCUGGCUUCCCGCCCGUAUUCAUUCCAUUCUAACCUGCUGCCCUACGAAGGAAAUGGGGAGGAAGUAGAGCAGCCCAUCCAGGACUCUGUGCAGCCGGGCGAGGUCCGAGAUUACUCCAUCAAGGUGUUGUCACACAUGGCUCCUACAGUCAAUGAGUUUGACUGCAAGGCAUGGGCAUAUUUCUCCAGUAUUAGCCUGGAGAAAGACCUACACUCUGGUCUUGUUGGACCUCUGAUUAUCUGCCAGCCUGGAGUACUGAGCACAGCAUACAGAAGGCAGCUGGCUGUCCAGGAAUUCUCCCUGCUCUUCACCAUCUUUGAUGAGACCAAGAGCUGGUAUUUUGCUGAGAACCUUGAGAGGAACUGUCCUUAUCCCUGCCACAUCCAGAUGGAUGAUCCUGCCUUUAAAGCAAGCAAUUCUUUCUAUGCUAUCAAUGGUUAUGUCAGAGACAGUCUACCAGGACUAGUGAUGGGUCAGCACCAGAGGGUGCGGUGGUAUCUGUUGAAUGUGGGUGGUGCCAAAGACAUCCACUCUGUCCACUUCCAUGGGCAAGUCUUUACCAUCCGAACGGCCCAGGAGUACCGCAUAGGAGUCUACAACCUCUAUCCUGGUGCCUUUGAGACAGUGGAAAUGAGCCCAUCCCACCCUGGGAUUUGGCAGGUGGAAUGUUUGGUUGGUGAGCAUGAGCAGGCUGGGAUGAGUGCCUUCUUCCUAGUGUAUGACCAACGGUGUCAAAUUCCUCUGGGCCUAGCUUCUGGCUACAUUGCAGACUCGCAGAUCACAGCUUCAAAACACUAUGGUCAAUGGGUCCCCAGUCUGGCCAGGCUUGACAAAUCUGGUUCAAUCAAUGCCUGGAGUACUGCAGAAAAGAACGCUUGGAUCCAGGUAGACCUGCUACGACAACAGAUCAUCCAUGGGAUAAAGACACAAGGAGCGCGGCAGAAGUUCUCCAGCCUCUACAUCUCCCAGUUUGAGAUAUUCUACAGUAAUGAUGGAGAGAAAUGGAAGUGUUAUAAAGGCAAUGCCACCAGCUCCAAGAUGAUAUUCUUUGGGAAUGUGGAUGCAGCAGGCGUGAGAGACAACAGCUUUAACCCUCCCAUUGUAGCCCGCUAUAUCCGUCUCCACCCGACACACUUCAGCAUCCGCAACACAUUGCGCAUGGAGCUCAUCGGAUGCGACCUGAACAGCUGCUCUAUGCCACUAGGAAUGGAAAGCAAUGCUAUAUCCAAUGAGCAGGUCUCAGCUUCUUCCUACAUCAGCAAUGUGCUUUACACUUGGUCCCCCUUUCUGGCCCGGCUUAACUUGAAUGGGAGAGUCAAUGCUUGGAGACCAAAGGUUGACAGCUCAGCAGAGUGGCUUCAGGUGAAUUUCCGUAAGACCAUGCGGGUGACUGGGUUGAUGACUCAAGGUGCGAAGUCUGCCUUCACCAAAAUGUUCGUGAAGGAAUUUUCUCUUUCGAGCAGCCUGGAUGGCAAGCGCUGGGCCUCCGUCCUACAAGGAGGGAAAGAGAAGAUUUUCCAGGGAAAUCAAGAUCAUUUCAGCCCAGUGGUGAACCUCCUAGACCCUCCGCUAUUUGCUCAAUAUUUGAGGAUACACCCUGUCCACUGGAAUAACCACAUUGCACUGAGGAUGGAGUUUUUGGGCUGCGACACCCAGCAGAUGGCCUAGUCAGGAUGCACCUGCAUUUUUGCCAAUGCAGCGAACUUUCAGCAGCCCUUGUGCAAGCCACCCACGCCAUGCCAGCUGGAACAAGUUUAUAUCAGUGACAUUUGAGCAAAAUGAUUUCUGUCACCCAUAUAUUUUUGAUAAUGUUUUUGUAGCGUAAGAAACAAAUUAAAAAUCAUUGUAAGAUUCAUGCUUCUGCACCGAUUACUGAAAAGAUAUUGUUUCUUGCAAUACAUACCUGCAUCAUGGUUCUUAGGG